AUGAAAAUUGAAAACUAAUUUAAGUUAUUUGACCUUGUUAAAUUUAAUGAGCUUAAGUCUUCUCUUCCUGAAGCGAAGUUAAGCUAUUGUGAAAAACAUAACAAAAGAAUUUCUAUAGUCAGUUUCUAAACAAACGAAAGUUAAUCUCUGGAACUAAAACUUUGCUGCUAAGAUUGUGACUUUGAUGCUAAAAAAUCGUACAAUUUAAAAAAAUAUUUAUCGAAAUUGCUCGAUGAAAGUGUUCAAGUAAAUAAACUUCAUAAAGAAGAUCAAUAGAUAAUAUAAAAAGCUGAAUAGCUUUAAUCAUAACUUACUAAAAUGAUGAAUGACAUAGAUGAGGCAAUGAACCAUUUAAUUUAAUUGAAAUAAAAAGCUUACAAUUUAGCUUCUAUAACUGAGAAAAAAUUGUAAUUAGCCAGCGCACCUCUAAAAAAUACUUUAUAAAAUAUUGAAAAAAUUAUAAAUGAAAAUUUUAAUUUUCAAGAGUUAUCUUAAAGUAUUUCUCUAUUAAACGAGAGAUUUGUUUUUGAUAUAAGAUCUUAAACAAUUUAAACAAAAUAAGUAUGUGAGUUUUUAAAUAUUCAAGAACUUAGAUCAAUGUUCGAAACAUGUAGGAAUCAAGUCGAACUAAUUAACUCUUUGGAAUCUAAGUCAAUAGUUUAUUCAAAUAAAUUACUCAAAGAAAUUAGUACAAAAUCAUCUAUUAGUACUGUCUAAUCUUUAGAAGAUCUUACCGUUGAGAGCAUGACUACUAGCUGGGAAGCUGCAAACUCAUUUCAACCUGUUAAGUAAUUUGAUGAAAUUUGGAGGUGGGGGGAGCAGGAGUCUCUGUAACAUUGUGUGGAAAAAUCUCUUGUUGUAGGUUGCCUGAAAGAAUUUAAUCUGAAAAGACAAUACUUAGAAAAUCACAUCCCAUCUUAGAAAUUGCUUUGUCAUAGAUGUUCUAUUAUUUAUGAAAGGAUUAAACAAUCAAUCAAACAUUCUCUCUAAAGCAAUUAAAAAAACCAAUGA